AAACGAAUUCAAUCUCAACAUGAACAUGGUAUCCUCCUCUAUGAUGUCUUCGUCUGUUUCUAUUAAGAAAUCUCGCAAAAGAACACUUUCUAUCGAUUGUUUACCACAGGACAUUCUCGUGGAGGUUUCUUCAUGUGUUGCAGCUUCUUCCUUGUCAUCGGUUCGUAAUCUAAGAUUAGUUUCGAAAUCGUUUCAACAGACCUGUGAUGAUCGUUACGUUAUUUCUCGACUCUCACUACACGAAACCCCUCUUUUCCACUGGAAUCACAACCCCGAAAGGUUCUCAAAUUUUUUCAAAAGAUGUCGCAAGAAUGGAAACCCCGAAGCAUUGUACCGCAAAGGACUUAUCAACUACUUUCUAGAGAACCAAAAACACAAAGGGCUCAAACUUUUGACUAGAGCUGCGGAGAAAGGAAACCAUGAAGCAAACUAUGUUUAUGGAAUGAUCCUAAUCUGUCUUGGAGACAAAGGUAACCCUGGAGGACCGGCUUUGCUUGGAGGCAAUACAAAACAAAAGGGUUUCAAGAUCUUGUCUGGUUUAAUAAAACCGUUGAUGUCAACAACGUUGCAAGAGCUGGUGGAACUUCGAGACAGGAUCAGAGACAGCAUUUUGUGGCGUGGCAUACCGGUGAUGAAAGAACUCAAAAGAGCGUACGUUCGAGAGAAGUGCGAGUGCGAUGGCAAAACCAUGAAGUUCGUAGCAUACAAUUGUGUUUGGCAUCGAUACGGUGAGGACAACGACAUGAAUACUUCUUCUGCCUGUGAGUUUUGUCUGUGGCAUCACGAAGUUGAGCUUUUCUUUUAUAACAUUGAGUGAACGAUGUAAUAAAUUUAACUAAUUAAACAAAGAGUUAUUUUUGA